ACAAGUCCUUGCAGCAGGGCCCCACCCCUUCAUUCUGUGAGCGACCUCGUUCUGGUGAAGCUAUUUGUCCCCAAGCUCUCGCCGUAGCGGCCGCCGCCCAUCUCUCUUUGUGUGCUUCGGGAAGCCGCAGAGCUAGUGGUGGCGACUGUUGGCGUUGGGGUCGAAAGCUACGAAGGUUACCGGGAAGUUGCCGGCGGGCGGACUCUUCCCCAGCCCGCCACCUGACAGGUCACAAACAUGUCGGACAAAAGUGAAUUAAAGGCAGAGUUGGAGCGUAAGAAGCAGCGGUUGGCCCAAAUCAGAGAGGAAAAGAAGAGAAAAGAAGAAGAAAGGAAAAAGAAGGAAACAGAUCAGAAGAAGGAAGCAACAGCUCCUGUACAAGAAGAGACAGAUCUUGAAAAAAAAAGAAGAGAAGCUGAAGCAUUGCUUCAAAGCAUGGGACUGACUCCAGAAACCCCCAUUGUCCCUCCUCCUAUGUCUCCAUCCUCCAAAUCUGUGAGCACACCAAGUGAAGCUGGAAGCCAAGAUUCUGGAGAUGGUGCAGUGGGAUCUAGACGAGGACCUAUUAAACUUGGAAUGGCCAAAAUUACCCAAGUUGACUUUCCUCCUCGAGAAAUCGUCACAUAUACAAAGGAAACACAAACUCCAGUUAUGGCUCAACCCAAAGAAGAUGAAGAGGAAGAAGAUGAUGUAGUAGCACCUAAACCACCUACUGAACCUGAGGAAGAAAAAACUUUAAAGAAAGAUGAAGAAAAUGAUAGUAAAGCUCCCCCUCACGAGCUGACUGAAGAGGAAAAGCAACAAAUCUUGCAUUCUGAGGAAUUUUUGAGUUUCUUUGACCAUUCUACAAGAAUUGUAGAAAGAGCUCUUUCAGAGCAGAUUAACAUCUUCUUUGACUACAGUGGAAGAGAUUUGGAAGACAAAGAAGGAGAGAUUCAAGCAGGUGCUAAACUAUCAUUAAAUCGACAAUUUUUUGAUGAACGCUGGUCAAAGCAUCGGGUUGUUAGUUGUUUGGAUUGGUCAUCUCAGUAUCCAGAGUUACUUGUGGCUUCGUACAAUAACAAUGAAGAUGCUCCUCAUGAGCCUGAUGGUGUGGCCCUUGUAUGGAAUAUGAAAUACAAAAAAACUACCCCAGAGUAUGUAUUUCACUGCCAGUCAGCUGUGAUGUCUGCUACAUUUGCAAAAUUUCAUCCAAAUCUGGUUGUUGGUGGUACAUAUUCAGGUCAAAUUGUGCUGUGGGAUAACCGUAGCAAUAAAAGAACUCCGGUGCAAAGAACUCCACUGUCAGCUGCUGCACACACACAUCCUGUAUAUUGUGUAAAUGUUGUUGGAACACAAAACGCUCACAACCUGAUUAGCAUCUCUACUGAUGGGAAAAUUUGUUCAUGGAGUCUGGAUAUGCUUUCCCAUCCACAGGAUAGUAUGGAAUUGGUCCAUAAACAGUCAAAGGCAGUAGCUGUGACAUCUAUGUCCUUCCCUGUUGGAGAUGUUAACAACUUUGUCGUUGGGAGUGAAGAAGGUUCUGUGUACACAGCAUGCCGUCACGGCAGCAAAGCUGGAAUCAGUGAGAUGUUUGAGGGGCACCAGGGACCAAUCACUGGAAUCCAUUGUCAUGCAGCUGUUGGAGCAGUGGACUUCUCCCAUCUUUUUGUCACUUCAUCAUUUGACUGGACAGUAAAACUUUGGACAACUAAGAAUAAUAAGCCUUUGUACUCGUUUGAAGAUAAUUCAGACUAUGUUUAUGAUGUUAUGUGGUCACCCACCCAUCCAGCCCUAUUUGCUUGUGUGGAUGGCAUGGGGAGGCUGGAUUUGUGGAAUCUCAAUAAUGAUACAGAGGUACCAACUGCCAGCAUUUCCGUGGAGGGUAAUCCUGCUCUUAAUCGUGUAAGAUGGACCCAUUCUGGAAGAGAGAUUGCAGUGGGUGAUUCUGAAGGACAGAUUGUUAUAUAUGAUGUGGGAGAGAUUGCUGUACCCCGAAAUGAUGAAUGGGCACGAUUUGGACGAACACUUGCAGAAAUCAACGCAAACCGAGCGGAUGCAGAGGAGGAGGCAGCCGCUCGAAUACCUGCUUAAGCUCCUAAAAAGAGGAUAUUAUGUAGCUUUAGUGGUGUGGGGAAGACUCGAAGUAGAUCCUAAGACUAUUUGCAUGCUUCUGUCUAAAUGAUAAUUAAAAGGAAACUUUGUGGAUUAAACUGUGGGUUUAAUACAUCCAAAUCUUACAAUGUCCCUUUUUAUAUAUAACAUGCAUCUUGUUUUGGAUUUGUGUCAUUUUUAAUAUCGCUGAUUGACUUUAUAGAAUGCAGCCUUUCUGAAUUCUUACAUACCGUUGUUUCUUUGGUAUUAGUUACUCUUUUGACUUCUUUUCAACUUAUGACACUAUAUACAGUUAUUUUUAAAGCACAGAUUAAAUAAGUUCUGCAUAUUUUUAAAUAUCACAAUUCUGUUUUAUUGAAAAAUGUCUCACUAACCAUAAUAUAUAGGAUAAGUGUUUCUCAACCAUAGCAUGCAUACAUCUAUCCAAGUUCCAUUCUGAUAUACUUUUUCUUCUUUAUAAUUCAUGUAAUAGCUAUCUAUAAAUAAAACAAAUAUGCUUUAACUUUUAAAAUUUUCAUUUUGAUUUACUUCUUUUAAUUUUUGUAUAAAAUGUCUUUUUCUUCAUAUCUCUUAUUAUGCUCCUAGCUAGCAACCUCAAGUCUUAUUAAUAACUUUAAACUCUGUCUAAAGAUACACCAUACAGUAUAUUUUAGAUUUCCCAGUGCAUUAUAUGAAUUGAUGUUUGGAUAGUACAUCAGUGAAAAAAUUUCUUGUAGGUUAUCUUUUGCUUUAUUCCCAUAUUUCCAUCCAUAUAAUAUGAUUAGUUUAAAAAUUAAAUAGAAAGCUGCCUAUUAUUUUCACUGAGAUGUGUAUGUAUAUGAGCAUUUUGGAGUAAAACCUCCUUUAAGAGAAAUUGAUUUCAUGGUUUUAAUAGCCAUGGAAGAAAAUGUUCAAUUGAACUUUGUCUUUGAAUCUUGAGAUAUGUUGUCACAGCCUUGUCUACAAAUCUGAGAGGUAAGUGACAAUUAUCUAAGAAUUAAUGUUGAAAACAGUAUACUUCAGAACUAGAGGGAAGAAUUAUCAGACCUUGAUUUUACCCACUUUAAAUUGUUCCGUUUCUUA